AAGAGAUGCUUGAAUCAAAAGAAUUCCUUUUUUGAAGUUCAAUUUUUAUCAGAGGACAAUAUGAAUAUUACACCAUGUUCCAUUAAAACACUCAAGGGGUUAUAUGAUAUAUCGGGUGUAGAAGUAGGGCAACACUUCUAUUGGCAAAUAGGAGGUUUCCAAAUUCAUGCCCAAGUACUCAUCACUUCUUGGGUCGUAAUUACUAUUUUGCUAGGUUCAGUUAUCAUAGCUGUUCGGAAUCCACAAACCAUCCCGACCGAUGGUCAGAAUUUCUUCGAAUAUGUCCUUGAGUUUAUUCGAGACUUGAGCAAAACUCAGAUUGGAGAAGAAUAUGGUCCCUGGGUUCCCUUUAUUGGAACUAUGUUCCUUUUUAUUUUUGUUUCGAAUUGGUCAGGUGCUCUUUUACCUUGGAAAAUUAUAGAGUUACCCCAUGGGGAAUUAGCAGCGCCCACGAAUGAUAUAAAUACUACUGUUGCUUUAGCUUUACUAACAUCAGCGGCAUAUUUUUAUGCGGGUCUUAGCAAAAAAGGAUUGAGUUAUUUCGAAAAAUAUAUUAAACCAACCCCAAUCCUUUUACCUAUUAACAUCCUAGAAGAUUUCACAAAACCAUUAUCACUUAGUUUUCGACUUUUCGGAAAUAUAUUGGCGGAUGAAUUAGUCGUUGUUGUUCUUGUUUCUUUAGUCCCCUUAGUAGUCCCUAUACCGGUCAUGUUUCUUGGAUUAUUUACAAGCGGUAUUCAAGCUCUUAUUUUUGCAACGUUAGCCGCAGCCUAUAUAGGUGAAUCCAUGGAAGGUCAUCAUUGAAUUAACUAGUUUUUGAAAUAGUCUUUCUUUUUUUAGCUUAGCCCAAUUCAUGCAUGAUUCCGGAUAAUCCUCUUAGUUGGAAAACUAAAUAGUUCGAAAGGCGUAUGAAUAUACAACCUAGAGUUGUAGGAGAGAGAAUAGACUAUAUUAUGGAAGAGGUAAAGUAUAUAUGCAUUCAGGGGGCCAAGUCAGGUUAGAUCUAUAUCUUUAAUGCCUAUAAGACAGUCAUCUUUUGUGUGGCUUUCUAAAGAAUGAUUUUAGAAUCGGAUUCAAUAGAAAAUGAGAAAAUAGGCAAACAAAAUAGAAGAAACAAAUGUAUAUGGGAUUUUUUUUAUUCCUAAGUUAGAUUCAUUAUCUAAUCCGAUAUAUAGAAUUCCCUUCUAUAUGGAACUGGAUUCCAUAUCUAGUUCUAUGCAGCAUAUUGUUAUCAAUUGUAUAUCUUGAUUUGAUUCCUAUUGGAUUUGGAUUAGUUCGAUUUCAAUAGGGGUUCUUCCUGUAUUUCGUCUUUUAUUAUGUUAGAUGAAGGGGAAAAAAUGGGAACUCAAAGAUAUCGAAGAGUAAAAAAAAGGAUGGAAUAAAAGAGUGAUUGGUUGAAAAGAAAGAGAAAUAGAAUAAUGAGAAUCAUAUGGAUUUACACAAACCUCUAAUGAUUAGAAACUAAAAACGAGAUCUCGAAGUAAUUCGAACGAUUUCGAUUAUCAUUUAUUUGUACUUAUUAGUUACUUCUACCCGAUAGAGCUUAGAAGUUGGAAGUAAUAAUUUCUUGGUUGAUUGUAUCCUUAACCAUUUCUUUUUUUUUGACACGAGGAACUCAUCAUGAAUCCACUAAUUGCUGCUGCUUCCGUUAUUGCUGCUGGAUUGGCCGUAGGGCUUGCUUCUAUUGGGCCCGGAGUUGGUCAAGGUACUGCUGCAGGACAAGCUGUAGAAGGUAUUGCGAGACAGCCAGAAGCAGAAGGUAAAAUAAGAGGUACUUUAUUGCUUAGUCUAGCUUUUAUGGAAGCUUUAACAAUUUAUGGACUG